GUGGCUUCUGUAAUACGUUCUACUCUACUGCCUUGUUUCUUCCUUCGUCUGUCUGUCUGUUUGUUUGCAAGCUUCACUUCAAGUUCGGAAGUUUUUGAUACAAAAUGGAAGGUUCAAAUGUUGUAAUGGAGGGUUCAGUUGCACCGCAAGUGCUCGUAACUGAUGAAGACACCAACGGCGACAAGCAAAAUCUGCAACACUUCAUUAUUUGGAGGGACAGGAGAACCGACUCGAAUGUUGAAUUGCCACAGUUGGAGCAUGUUGAGAUGGAAAAUUUGGACGGUAAUGCAGAUCUCGUGUUUGUAAAGUUCAUGAAGGCUCACAAUUGCUACGACCUCAUCCCGACAUCUGCAAAACUUCUCAUAUUCGAUACAGAACUUGGUGUGAAGAAAGCCUUAUUGGCGCUGGUGUGGAACAGCUUGCGGGCGGCUCCGCUGUGGGAUGGCAAGUUGAAGAAAUUCGUUGGAAUGCUCACGAUAACUGACUUCAUAAAGAUUCUGCACAAGUACUACAAGAACUCAAAAGAUCACAUCCACGAACUUGAAAGGCACAAGAUAUCAACUUGGAAAGAGGAGUUGGACAACCAGAACAAACCACUCAUCACCAUUCACCCUGAAGCAAGUCUCUAUGAGGCUAUCCACUUCUUAUAUCAACAUAAAAUUCAUAGAUUACCUGUGGUGGAUUAUCAGAGUGGAAACAUUUUAUACAUUUUAACCCACAAAAGAAUACUUCGAUUUUUGUAUUUAUAUGUUUAUGAUCUUCCACAACCGAAUUUCAUGGAAAAGUCCAUUGGUGAAUUAGGAGUAGGGACUUACAAGGAUAUUAUUACUGUCACCCAUGAAACUACGCUGAUCACUGCCAUCACGCUGUUCGUUGAUCACAGAAUAUCUGCUUUGCCGGUGGUAGACAGCAGUGGAAGCAUCAUUGAUCUUUAUGCAAAGUUUGAUGUCUUCAAUCUAGCAAUAGAUAAGUCAUAUGACGAUUUGAAUCAAACAAUCGGACAUUCACUAAAAGAAAGGAGAGAGCGUAUAGAAGCAGUGUCAACCUGUUUGGUAACUGAGUCGCUCAGUGUUGUCAUGGAAAGAAUCGUCCGAGCCGAAGUACACAGGUUGGUUGUGGUAAAUGCAAGCAAUCAAGUUGUUGGGGUAAUCUCCCUGUCAGACAUAUUACACUUUAUAUCUUCUGAAGAAUCUAUCCUUUCUCAGAGGAGGUCUUCAACGUAGGGAAGAUUGUCUGCGAGCCAUCAUCAUUGUGUCGUCGUCGCUAAGAGACAGUACAAUGUAAUAAUCUCAUGAUGCCCAGAAACGAAUUUCCAACAUCAAGUCAAAACUUUAAUUCAUCACUCUUCAAAGCUUCAUAACAAUAUAAGUUAUUUCACCAACAUCAUUAUGAUCACCACCACAACGACAAAAUCAAGACCGUCAGUGACAUUCACCCAACACACGAAUCAAGAUUCCCUCCCGUAUCCGCUGAAUUUAUAUUCUAUUGAAUUUAUUUAAUUUUUCCAUCUUACAACUCUUGUACAUUGAACGUGUGUUUUAUACUAUUCUCUAGUUUACGUGUUUCGUUGAUAAUACACUUUGUGUAAUGUAUUUAUGCAUGUUGUUUUUUAUAUAAUUGUUCUAUAUUCGUUUUCUUUACAAAGGUCAAAUCCCGCAAUAGAUACGUUGGUAAAAAUACGCAAGGCA